GCUGUCAAUUGUUACAACAAAGCCAUAAACUCACCCCACCCCCCUCUCUUCUGAUGUACAGCAAAUAAUAGUUUGCAACUGUCGGAUUCUUUCUUUCUCUCUCUCUUUCCACCACUCUUUUUCUACAUUUUAUAUUAAUUAUUAUUAUUAACACCCUUUUUCAUCAAACCACACCAGAAAAACCACCCACAUUCUUUUUCUUUCUUAUAUUCAUGGAAGUUGACGAUCAUUGUCAAAAACUCAAAAAAGUUAUUAGUUUUGAUUCUGCUGCAUGAAUACUUAUAAUAUUUUUUGAUCAUCUACAAACUCUAGAAUUAAAGAAGAAGAUUUAUAUAUAAAUAUAUAUUUUUACAAAUAUUAUAAAAUAUGGCGGCGUACCAACAUUAUCGAUCGCCAUUUGGUGAUACAACAUUAACUAAAGUAUUUGUUGGGGGGCUGGCGUGGGAGACACAAACGGAUGAAAUGCGUACAUAUUUUGAACAAUUUGGUGAAAUUCUUGAAGCUGUUAUCAUCACUGAUAAAAUCACCGGCAAGUCUAAGGGUUACGGAUUUGUAACUUACCGAGAUCCAGAAUCCGCAAAAAGGGCGUGUGAUGAUCCAAACCCUAUGAUAGAUGGUAGAAGAGCUAAUUGUAAUAUAGCAUCUCUUGGGCGACCUCGACCAUCUCCUCAAGGAAGAAAUCAAGGUAGUAAUAUUACAUUCCAAGGGACAAAUACAAUGGGCCAAGGUGCAUCAUCAUCUUAUAGUGGAUUAGCACAACCACCGCUAGGUCCUCCGCCACCACCUCCACCACCUUCCGUCAUGUAUCCGCCGUAUGGAUACACGACAUAUGCACCCGAUUACGCUUACCAACAACAGGCAAUGUACAAUCCAGCACUUCAGCAACCAUACUAUCAUCAAGUAUAUGGGCCCACAGGCCCAACAACGGUCUCCACACCAUAUUAUUAUGCUCCUUCACCUAGAGGAACAUUACCUCAUCCUCAGGCGCAACGUAUCCAAGGACCAUCUUAUCUUUACUAUCCUACGCAUCCUCAAAUGGACCCUUCUACAUUUCCUGGCUAUCUUACGCCACCACCUCCACGUUUGUUACUCCCCACAACAAGGCAUCCUUCAUUUCCUUCUCCUUCCCCUACGGGUUCCCAGACUCCACAAAAUACAACAACUGAAACAGAAGGUGGUGCAGUAACUUCAGAGAGUCCAAACACCUAAAACUGAUGAAAAACAUACACACAUGGUGGCUAAAAAAGCGAAACAAAACAAUAUUGACAGAUGUUCAUCAAUGGUCCCUCAACUAUCUGUAUUCUUCAAUUUUUCUGAAAGAAUCAUAAAUAAUUUUCUCUUUUGGUCACAAAGAUGGACCGAUCCAAGUCUCCAACGCUUCAUGCUGAUUAAUUCUUUUUUUCCUCACAUUGAGAGUUAUAAUUC